AUGGAGAAAGCAUUUGAUCGCGUGGAAUGGGACUUUCUUUUGGCCAUUCUUGAUAAAUUUAAGUUUCCCAUAAAAUUCAUCAGUUUAAUCCAUCAAUGCAUCUCCUCUACCACAAUUCGCUUCAGUAUUAAUGGUCAUAUUACAAGUUCCAUUCAUCCUUCUCGUGGUAUUCGUCAAGGGAAUCCCUUAUCGCCAUACAUUUUCCUCCUUUGUUCAGAAGGCCUUACUGCUGCUCUUCGUCUUCAGGAGCUGAAUGGUUCUUUCAGGGGCAUCUCAGUUGCUCGCAAUGCCCCUCCUGUUUCUCAUUUGCUUUUUGCAGACGACACUCUUCUAUUCACGGUAGCGUCCCCCUCAUCUUGUAAUGCUCUUAAGGAGGCCCUUAACGCCUAUCACUUAGCCACUGGUCAAAAAGUCAACUACACUAAAUCUUCCAUUCUUUUUUCGCCCAAUACUCCUACGAAUAUUUCUACUUACUUUUUUGAUUCCUUAGGGCUUGAAUCGCGGCCUUUCAUCAGUAAGUACCUUGGAGUUCCUCAAUGUUUUGGGCGUUCAAAGAAAUGUAAUUUCGAUUUCCUUCUUCAGAAAGUCAGCUCCCAACUCUCUAUCUGGAAUGGCAAGUUGUUUUCCAAAGCUGUUAAGGAAGUGCUCUUAAAAGCUGUCAUACAGGCCAUUCCCUCUUAUACAAUGUCUUGUUUCAGAUCCCUUAUUUCCCAUAAUCAGGCCAUGCCUGCUAAACAAACUUGGCGUGUUUUCUCAAAUCCAAAUUCCCUCCUGGCCAACAUUUUAAAAGCAAAAUAUUUUAGACUAAAUGGUUUUCUUGAGGCUAAGUUAGGUCACUCUCCCUCAUAUACUUGGUCUAGUCUCCUUUGGGGAAGAGACCUUCUUAUUAGGGGUUUGCUGUGGAAGGUUGGCAAUGGCUGCUCUAUCAGAACUCUUCAGGAUCCUUGGAUUCCAGGUAUAAAAUUUCCAUGCUUAAGAAGUAAUGCUCUGCCUCCUAUUGAUAAGGUAAGUUUUUUCAUAGACAAUAAAGGGUCUUGGGACAAAAACAAAUUGUACCAGUAUUUUGACGAUUAUUCUGUGUUGUCUAUUCUCAAAGUCCCAAUUGGGGGCCUUCAAAAGGCCGAUUCUCUCAUCUGGAACCAAGAAAAGUCAGGAAUUUUCUCUGUAAAAUCAGCUUAUCAUAUUGCCAAUAAUACAUCCCUUCCUCCUUCCUCUUCUAACUCUUCUUUUUCUAAUGCCUGGUGGAAAACUCUUUGGACUUUAAAUAUUCAACCUAAGAUUAAAAAUUUCUCUUGGAGAGUUUUCCACCACAUUCUCCCCGUUGGCCUUAAUUUGUUUGUUAGAAAAACCAUUCCUCAACCCUCUUGUUCUUUCUGUACCAACCCCACUGAAACUGUUACACAUGCCCUGCUAGAUUGUCCUAGAGCUUCAAAAAUUUGGAAGGCCUCGCCUCUCCGAAGUUUUUAUUUUUCUAACAGGCAUGUUGAUGUUAAAGAUUUCAUGAUGAAUGGUUUUGAACAGUUGCAUAAAGAUCAAUUAAUCUUAUUGCUUACAACAUUAUGGGCUAUUUGGCACUCAAGAAACAAAAAGUUAUUUGCAAAUUUGGAUUUGACCCCUACUGAUAUUAUUGCUUGGAUUAACACAUUCAUUUCAGAUUACCAAUCAGCCGUAUCUGAUAUUAACAGAUGUAGUGGAGCUCACAAGUUGCAGGUUUCGGGCGGGGAAAAAGUCGUUCCCCAAAAUCAAUACCUACUUCGAACUGAUGCAGCGAUUAACACGGCACAAAGUAGGAUGGGUUUUGGAGUUGUUGUUCGUGACUGGCAAGCCUUUAAUGGCAGAGGCUUUGUCUUUGCGGCCAGUUUGGAGUGGUGCAUCAAUAUUCAAAUCCCUUUGGCAGUGGUGGAGACGGACUCAAAAAUGCUGGUUGACAAAGUCCAUAAUAAGAAGGCAGAUUUUUCAGCCCUCUCUGAUGUUGUUGAAGAUAUAAGAUGUUCUUUAUCUGCUUUCCCUGAUGCUCACCUGCGACACAUAAACAAAACAAUCAAUUGCAGAGCGCACAACCUGGCACGAAGGGCAUUGGGGCAAGAUGAAGAAUCCUGUUGGAAUGCUUUAAUUCCAACUCUAUAA